GGGCCUCGGCGGCAUCGGGGGCAGCGCUCCGCACGCAGUAAGCGCUCGAUAAAGGCGAUUGAAUGAAUGAGCGAAGAGGUUUCCCUUCCCGCCGUCACCCUGGCUCAAUCCUGUCUGGAUGGUGUCUUCCUCUCCUCCUCCGAGAAUGAAUUUGUCCACUGUAUCACCGAGGAGCUGGAUCGCUUCAUGCUACAGAAGCAGCUGGGAAAAGUGCUUCUCUUCCCACCUCUGUCCAGCCGCCUCCGGUACCUGAUUCACCGAACUGCGGAGAACUUUGACCCCCUGAGCAGCUUCUCCGUCGGGGAAGGCUGGAGGAGAAGGACCGUCAUCUGUCAUGUGGACGUCAGGUUACCCGUCUCCGAGGGUGAUUCUGGCCCCGGCCAAGGGCAUCAUGCCAAGGGCAGAAGCCAGGGGCUCGGAGCCACGCCGUCCCGGGAGCCCUCGGCCGGGUUCCGGGGCGGGCGCGGACACCGUGGUCAGCGGGGCCGCAAACCGGACCAGGCUCUGUACGUGCCGCGGGCACUGCGCAGGAAGGGGCCCUGGAGACCACGACCAGUCAAGGCCAGCGACCCAGAGGAGAAGAAAGCCACGGAUCCAGCCCGUGGGGAGCCCAGCGACUUCGACGGCGGCGGGGAUCCAUGCGCUCGACCGAGCCAGGAGCUCCCUGAUGUGCCUGAACGAGACCAGAGCCAGGGCGGCGAAAAUGAGCCGCUGCAGGGGGGCCCGGACCCGCCGGGCUCAGAGCGCUCGCCGGGCAAGGGAAGCAGCCUGGAAGUAGCCGAGCACCUUGAGUCCGGCUUGAGCCUGUCCCUGGAGGGUGUAGACGGAAUUAGCCUGACAGUCGACGUGAUGGGGGACGAGGAGGAGGAUGGCCAGUCAGAGGAUGAUGGCAUUGAACUGCUGAAGGAGAUCGUGGACCACCUGAACAAGAAGGAUAUUCAGAUUGAGAAGAUUCACGUGGACACUUCUAGGUUUGGGGACGAUCAGGUUGGCGAGAGUGACUUUGGGCAUGUGGUCGAGAUCUAUGACUUUGAGUCAACCUUGAAGACCGAGGACCUGCUGGAGACUUUUUCUGAAUUUCAAGAGAAAGGUCUCAAGAUCCUGUGGGUGGAUGACACGCAUGCGCUGGGCAUCUUUCCUUGCCUGGAAUCAGCAACCAAAGCCUUGGCAAAUGAUUUCCCGUCACUUAAGAUCCGACCCCUCACCCAGGGAACAAAGCAAUCCAAGUUCAAAGCUCUGCAGCGACCGAAGCUCCUGCAGCUGGCGAAGGAAAGGCCACAGACCAACACGACCGUGGCACGCAGGUUGGUGGCCCGGGCUCUGGGUCUGCAGAAGGAGAGGAAGGAGAGCGCAGCACGGCCGAGUGGUCCUCCUUCCCGCUGCGAGCCGCCGAGCCCCCCGGAGCCUACGGGACCCCUGGCUGAGUGAACGCAGCCACUCCAGGCUCCGGGGUUUGAGCCACCCAGGGGUACGAGGCCUGGCUGCACUGUUGAAAGCCAUCUGCGGUGGCCGCGGGUUUGAUUUGGUUGUUAAUGUUCAAAUGGGAUUAACUUAAAUGUUGUUUAUAAUGUGGCUUCCCCCCACUGCCCCCCUGGGGGACCAGGCUACUGAUUCCAUCCUUGCUGCCCCUACUUUAGCUGAUUUAGGGGGAGCCAGAGGAUGUAGCUCUCCAGAAGGUGGCCGUUUCGGGGAGAUCCGGUCACCCGGGGAGGGAAGGGGGGUGAGGUCACUUGUGGCCUCCCAGGCCAUUUCCAUGUGUAACCAGAUAAUGCUGCUACUCCUGCCCAGUGGAUGUCGUGGUGGAUACGGUGUCCGCAGCCUCCUCUCAGAACGACCUCUUUACCACUGCAGCCUCAAGCCGAAAAGGGCAGUGGGGUUUUUUGAUAGAGAACAAAACUACUCAGCCCCCUGGGGGUUGUUGCUAAGGGUUGAAUAUUUGCGUGGGUUGUAAAAAAAGAAAAAAAGCGGCUCACGGUGGAAAAUAAAAGUUAGACUA